UUGAAGAACACUGACGAUAGCAGGGGACAACCCCAUUGUGUAAACCACCAGUACAUCCGAGCCUCUUUUGUACAAGGCGGACUCCCCCAGAGUCCCCCGGUGCGCCAAGCUUUGCUGAAACACCAACGUGACGUUUGUGUUUUCAUUUUUGCUGGUGUCGCCAGCCAUUUUGGUCUGGUUGCCGGGAGCCCCCGAACUUUUUGGAGAGAGCCUCUCGUUGUUCUCAAUUUGCCUGGGGCCAUGUACUGGUGGUUUAAGGGUCAGCGUUGGGCAGCGACAGUAGCAGAAGAAGAAGGGAAAGAAGGGGAAGAAGAAGGGGAAGAAGGGGGAGAAGAAGGGGAAGAAGGGGGAGAAGGGGGAGAAGAAGGGGAAGAAGGGGAAGAAGGGGAAGAAGAAGAAGGGGAAAGGGAAGAAGAAGAAGAAGGGGAAGAAGAAGAAGGGGAAGGGGAAGAAGAAGAAGAAGGGGAAGAAGAAGGGGAAGAAGAAGGGGAAGGGGAAGAAGAAGAAGAAGAAGAAGAAGAAGGGGAAGGGGAAGAAGAAGAAGAAGAAGGGGAAGAAGAAGAAGAAGGGGAAGAAGAAGAAGAAGAAGGGGAAGAAGAAGAAGGGGAAGGGGAAGAAGAAGAAGAAGAAGGGGAAGAAGAAGAAGAAGGGGAAGAAGAAGAAGAAGAAGGGAAAGAAGAAGAAGGGGAAGGGGAAGAAGAAGAAGGAGAAGGGGAAGAAGACGACGCCGACAAGACAAGACAAGGUGCUUCUGUUAAACAGGAUGAAUGUACUGAAUAACUGCAAGCAAGCAAUGCAGUACAGAUGAACGAUGUUUCAUUAAAAG